GGUGUUUUUUGUAUUGGGGUUGCUGUGUGUUCGCGCUGGUCCCCCCUCCGUUUCAGGUGGUGUCUGCAGCAGCGCAACGUGUCGAUAGCUGUCGAGGUUGAAAGGCAGACUCCGCAAGUAGGAGGGGGGGGGGGCGGAAGCCUUCCUCCUUCAGGCAGUAGGAAUCCACAGAGCGCGGCGCUUCCGUGCAGCCGUAGCGAAGCCUCGACAGGCGCUGUAGCGACGGUAGGAGGCUCAACGAACGCUGGAGGGGGAGCACUAUCAUCACCCUUUGCGGCGGAGACGAAAUCUCCCCCCUCAGAAACAGCCGCUACUCCCACGCCUGCACCUGCCGCAGUUUCUGCGGCAGGAUGCGGCGCCAAGAAGGCAGUCGCGGCGAAUGAAGUGACACUCCAAUUCGAAGAAUUUCCUUUCUCGGCAGCUCAAAUGUUUUGGCCAGAUCCGCAGGUUCUGCCUCAGCGUCUGCACGUGGGACUCCCCAUUCAGGUGUCUCUACUCCUGGGGCCGAGAAACUGCAUUUGGUGGCUCGAUGCGGAGGUGACUGGCUUGCAAGAUGGCGUGCUCCUCUGCCGCAUUGCUGGGCCGAGCGUGAAGAGUGCCAGCAACAACAGCAGCAGCAGCAGCAGCAGCAGCAGACACCAGCUCGCGGAGAAAGCGGCUGCCGAAGGCGCUGAGCAGCCGCAGAACGGCCCCUCUGCUCCCGAGGGGGAGGCAGCAGCAGCAGCAGCGGCUGCAGAAACGCAGGGGAUGACGGCGAAGAAGUUGGAGGCAGCGGGAGGCUCAGCAGAAGGCGACUUUGCCGCUCCCCAGGGAACGAGGGAGAAGAAAUCCAAGACUUCCAAGAAGAAGCCUAUCACCGCCGAGACGCUCACGGGCAGACCAGCCUUCAAGGAGGCGCAGCCGUACCCCGUGCGAAAUUUCUGCGCGCCUCAAAUCCCCCUUUCGUCUCCAGCAACGCAGUGCUGGCGUCUCAGACCUCGAUCCCUAGGGGGAGGGAGGGAGGGGGAAAGCGGGGGGGGCCCCCCUUCUUCCUCCGAGAGCGGGGGGGGGGCCCCUCCCCCCCCCGUACACCCCCAGCGCGAUUUGUACCCUGGCGCAUGUCUGUGCGUCUCGGUAGCCGCCUUAGGCCUUCGUUGCCAGUCGCAGCAGCAGCAGCUGCCUGCAUGCUUGCUGAAGGAUGUGGUAGUGCAUCGCGCGUUCAGUGAAGCCUCGCCGCCUUCCGGGGGGGGGGGCAGGGAGCUGAGUAACGGCAGCGGCAGCAACAGCGAGGACGAAGGCGAGCGAGGCGUCCUCGCCGGCAAGCCGCCUGCAGCGACAACCCCCGUGAGUCUCCUCGACGCGCAUGCACCGGCUGCACUGCUCGCCAAGAAGGGCUUGCCUGCCCCUCCCUCCGGGAGGAAGACGACGGAGGGGAGCAGCCUCCCCCCCUUUGCAGCAGCGGCAGCAGCAACUCCGCCCGCACCAAACCGACAAGUGCCCCCUCGAUGCUACGAUGGCUGCUGGGCUGCCAAGGAAAUCACGCAUGUGCAGCUGUACAUCAUUUCCUUCCGGAAGUCGCGAGUGGUGUCGGUGGCUUCGCUGCUGCGUUUUCCCGCGUACAAGUUGCAGUACGAUCUCCACGCGCACUUCCCCUCCGGCUCCUCUUCGCUGUCUUCCGUGAGUCGGCAGGCGGCAGACUUUCUGUGGGCAGUCCCCAGAGCGCUGCUGCCUUCUUGGAGCCAAGCAGGCAGGGGGGAGGGAGGAGCGGCAGCGGCGCUCGGCAAGCGGCGAAGAGACGGAGAUCCACCACUCUCAGGCGCGCACACCGUCUCGUUCUCGGGAGCAGCGUCGGAAUCCGAGGCAAGGGGGGAGCGGGAAGGGAAGGGAGGCGGCGACGCUGCCGCUGCACGUGCAGCGACUCCUGCCGCUGCAGCUGCCGCUGCAGCCGAAGCCGCGUCGGAUACAAAAACGAGGAGCUCCGCGCGGGAGUGGCGAGACUGCCCGCCUUUCUGCUUGGUGUAUGUCGCCCUAUCCAGCCGCUGUCUCUUCAAGCUGCCCCGCUGCCUCCCCAUCGCGCGCUUGUUGCAACCGGAAAUCGACUGGGGGGCCCUUCUGGAGGGGCGGUGGGCCCUUCGGAGGGAGCAGUGGCGUAGGGAGCCGCACCUGCCCCUGGCGGCUGUCUGGGGGGGCCCCCUGCGCCGCUUGGAAGGAGCCUCGGAAGCCUCCAGAGCGGCUUCGAUCGGCCUCCUCAGCCCUCCGCCAGUCGCUCUCCCCUGCCUGCUGCAUCACCCCAGUGAGGGGCCUCUUCCGCCCGGAAAACUCAGCGCAGUGCUCCUCCCGUGGCUGCGCGAGGGCUGGACGCCGCCCCCUUCGUACUGCGCAGCAGGAAGCGAGUGGGUGGAGUGCGUCGGCGGCUGGCGCGUCGACCUGUCUCCGCACAUCACCCUGCUGCAGAGAGAGACGCAGGAGAGACGGCUCCUGCUCGCGCUGGAGGAAGAAAACGAGGCUCUGGGACCGUCCCUCCUGUGGGAUUUUGAGAGGCUUUAUGCCCCUCCCAAAGUCUCGCGAAACAUCGAAAGCGCCGACGCGGUGAACGACUCAGAGCUGCAGACACCAGACGCCCUUAGGGGCCUCGUCAGAGAGGCCCUUGCGGACUGCCGCCGGCGUGGCAACGUCGCGGGGGAAGCUGAGCACAGGAAGGCACUGACGACCACCCCGGGGGCCCCUGCUGGCGCCGCUCCUGCGGAGGAUGACACUGAACAAGGGCGCUCAAAGCAGCGGCGAGGAGGAGGCGGAGGCGCAGGAGUUUCAGAAGAAAUGACAAGUUCAGAGGCUGCCCGCAGCAGCGCUCUCGAGGGCCCUAGAGGCUUUUUGCCUAGCGGGGAAAACCGCGACGAGGAAGGUCUGCCGAACCUCGUUUUCUCUGUCUCCCCGUCUCUCACCCCUCAUCCAGACUCAGCCACUAGGGGCCCCUCUAUCGAAAGGAGUGCUCCAGAAGAAAAGGAGGCGCUGGAGCCCGCGCAAGUCCGACGAAAAAGCGGUCGCGCACGGGGGGGGGGGGCCCCUCCGGGGGCGGCGGGGCCCCCGCCGACGGACGAACCGUCGGCGGCUUCUCUGGUCUGA